AUGCACUACUUCCUCGGCAUCGAGGUGGUCCGCUGGACUGACAGCUUCUUUCUGCAUCAGCAGAAGUACGCCCACGAGCUCCUGGAGCGUGCCAGUAUGCUUAAUUGCAAGCCGGCGCCCACCCCCGUCGACACGAAGGCGAAGUACCUGACGCUGACUCGUCCCGACCUGCAGUACGCUGUUCAGCAGGUGUGCCUCCACAUGCACGCUCCGCUUGACUCCCACUGGACCUUGGUGAAGCGUAUUCUCCGUUAUAUACGCGGCACCAUGUCUUUGGGACUCACCCUGACGACCUCCGCCUCCACCGACCUCGUGGCCUACUCGUAUGCCGACUGA